AUGCUGGCGAUCAAGCGGGGCAUGGGCAGCCAGUUCAUACCAGGAAACCACCGCAGGCGCCAGCUGAAUGUUCUGUACAACGCCAACAGGUCCGUCAGGGUCCUGCAUUGCGGCACGACCAUCGGGCACACUUCACUGAGGUCGAAGGGCAUGGCGGGCCAGCUUCGGGCGACCCGAGCCAACAGAUCGCACGUAGCGACCGCUAUUCCUCCCGAGAGUGGCGUGGCCGCAAUCGUUGCCGAAAACGUGGUGUUGCUCGCGGCUUGGCUGGCCGGGGCUAGACCGUCGGCACCGCGCCCCGCUUCCUUCCACUCACGUCUGGAGACGACACCGAAGGCUCUCGGCGUCCGGACGAUGACAGCCCAGAGCGGGCUACACGGUCCAGUAUGCGAAAUGGCGAGUUCGCGGCCGAGUGGCGGAGCGUCACUGCUCUGCUUUGUCGUCAUUCUGGCGUUCGGAGGCGUAGUUAAAACCCUUCGAAUACAAGAUCAGCAAAGCCCAUUGUUGAAGGAGUCACCUGCGGGCGACGAGAAGUGCACGCUUGGCACGACAGCUGACGACGAGUGCCGUGCAGCAGUCGUUGUCAAUGAGUUCGCCCUCAUUUUGCGCGCUUCCUGUUAUCCAACAGAUGUCGCGUGGGCGAUGGAAGUCUACCGUGGAAGAGGAAUGGAAGGGCAUCCGCUUCCAGCCGUGUCAGUCGGCCGAGGCUUAAUACCUGAGGUGCGCAAGUUGGCCAUCGAUGAGAAACGCCAAGCCUGCAAGGAAUUGAAGCGCGCAGCGUUAAGUCCCGACGCCGAGAGCAAAACUCUCGUUUACCUCACUCACGGACGUAUACUAACCUGCUCGGAAGCAGUUCCAGCCUGGUUCAGGGGGGUGUUCAGUUUCAAUGGAAUCUACCCGGAAAACAACUGGGAGGCGUAUCGGAAAGUACCGUUAACUGCGGAGUUUAUUAAAAUGAUGCGGGAGGCGCCGAUGGAUAUUGGAUGUGCUCUCAUAGAAAACUGCGGCGGGGUCAACGCUGUUUUAUGCGUUACCAACGCCCCACAGUUAAAUGUCGAAGAAGCGCCUUUUACGUGA